CCAAAUUCCAACGGUUUUUGAUAUGUUCAACAUGGGCCGUUCGAAUGCGGUCAAUUGUGGUCCAUAUCCGGAAAUGCGAAAGGUCGAUGAUGAGUUACCUGGAUAUGAGAGCGCAACACAACAGCGUUCGCCACGAAAAUCAUUCAUUCUUGAACAUUGUGUAAAGUGCCCGGUCUGCGAAGAUAUUAUGCACAAGGAACAUCUCAAGGGACACCUUCAACGCAAACAUUAUGCUGAAAACAAUGGUGUUCCCAUCAUUUAUGAUGGGUAUCAUAAGUUCGACAUUUGCCAUAAUUUAAUGCCAAAGGAGCACAUUCAAACGCACAUCGAACGGGCACAUGGCAACGAAAUGCAAAACAAGGACACUUUCAUUAACUGCAAUUUGUGCGAAGCAUACAUGCACAGUAUAAGACUAUAUGCCAGGACAUUUGGUGCGCAAACACGCGAGACAUGAAGGUUCGGUUGGUAUCAUUUGGCCACAAUACUCCGACGAACAAAUAUACGACUGGCUCAGGACCAGAGCCAUUUACAUUCGCGACAGUAUUAUCUUUGUCGAUCAUACCAUGUGGCGCUAAUGAAACAUUGCAGUUUCAUGCGAAGUGUAAACAACAUUCAAUUUUUACUAUUUUUUACUCCAUUUUCAAUACUCAAUUUUAUUAAAAGUAA